AUGGCACUGAUGAAAGUCAAAUUCGACCAGAAGAAGAGAGUCAAAUUAGCCCAGGGGCUCUGGCUUAUGAACUGGCUUUCAGUGCUGACUGGAAUUGUCGUCUUCAGCCUGGGAAUAUUCCUCAAGAUUGAGCUCAGGAAGAGAAGUGAGGUAAUGAAUAACUCUGAGAGCCAUUUUGUGCCCAAUUCCUUGAUUGGAGUAGGGGUGCUAGCUUGCAUCUUCAAUGCUCUCGGAGGCAAGAUCUGUUAUGAUGCUCUAGACCCUGCAAAAUACUCCAAAUGGAAGCCAUGGUUGAAGCCCUACUUGGUUAUCUUCGUUCUUUUCAACAUCAUCCUCUUCAUGGUUUCCCUUUUUUGCUUCCUGAUGAGGGGCUCCCUGGAGAGUACCCUGGCCCAUGGGCUCAAGAAUGGCAUGAAGUAUUAUAGGGACACAGACACCCCAGGUCGGUGCUUCAUGAAGAAGACUAUUGACAUGUUGCAGAUUGAGUUCAGAUGCUGUGGAAAUAAUGGCUUCCGGGACUGGUUUGAGGUCCAAUGGAUCAGCAACCGAUACCUAGACUUUGCCUCCAAAGAAGUGAAAGACCGAAUCAAGAGCAACGUGGAUGGACGGUACUUGGUGGACGGCGUUCCCUUCAGCUGCUGCAACCCGAAUUCUCCUCGGCCCUGCAUUCAGACCCAGCUCACCAACAACUCUGCCCACUACAGCUACGACUACCAGACUGAGGAGCUCAAUUUGUGGGUCCGUGGCUGCCGGGAGGCUCUGCUCCAUUACUACAGCAGUAUAAUGAACACUAUGGGCGCCAUCGUUCUCCUGGUCUGGCUCUUCGAGGUGACAGUCACAGCCGGACUGCGCUACUUACACACAGCCCUGGAUAGCGUGGCCAAUCCCGAGGACCCCGAGUGCGAGAGCGAAGGCUGGCUGCUGGAGAAGAGUGUGUCGGAGACCUGGAAAUCCGUCCUGGAGAAUUUGAAAAAGCUUGGCAAAGGCAGCCAGGCAACUCACACUGGUUUUUCUAUCCUGCAACUGAGGGAAGAUGUGAUCUGA